AGGCAAACACUCUACUUCCAUACUAUCUCUCCUGCCCGCACGUUUUGUUUUUGAAAAAGAGAAGCAACAGAGCAAGAGCACAGUGGGGAGAGUGCUUGCCUUACACCGCCCGAGGUUUGAUCCCUGGCAUCCCAUAGGGUCCCCUGAACACUGCCAGGAGUGAUUCCUGAGUGCAAAGCCAGGAGUAACCCCUGAGUGCACUGGUGUGGCCCCCAAAUGAAACAAAAACAAACAAAUCAACACCCCCAAAAUAAACCCAAGAGCCACAGCAAGAAACUGAUCCCGAGCACUAUCUGACUGAGCCGUGGCUCCUUCCUUCUCUCCUCAGGGCUGUGCUUGGGGCAGGUGAUGCCAGCUUCGAAGGGUGAGUGUGGACCCCACCCCAGCCAUCCUUGGCAAGGACCCCCCACCCCCUGCGCGAUGCAUCCAGCCUUGUCCCUCCUGGGCUCUGGUUCUGGUGUGGAGGACGUGUGUGGGCCCCAGUGGGUCCCUCCAGCCUGCACCUCUCUUCCAGGACCCCUGUCCAGGCCCACCCUCAGAGCCCUGCCCAGCACCCUGGUGCCCCUGAAUAAGCCGGUGACGCUCCGCUGCCAGGCGCCCGCUGGCAUGGCCGUGUACCGGCUGGAGAAGGUGGGCUCAGCCACCUACCAGGACCAUCUGCAGCUUCACAUCCCGGCUAUGAACUCCCACCACGCUGGCCAAUACCGCUGCUCGUACCAGGAUGGCACCCACUGGUCUCCUGCCAGUGAACUGUUGGACCUGGUCGCUACUGACGUGUUCCCGAAGCCUGUCCUCUCGGCUCGGCCCAACUUGACUGUGCCCCGGGGCAGCGACGUGACCCUGCAGUGCCAGUCCCAGUACAACUUUGACCAGUUCGCCCUGUACAAGGAGGGCAACUUGUGGCCGCCCAAGAAGCCAGAGCGCUGGUACCGUGCUGACUUCCCACUGGCGACGGUGAAUGCCAACCAGGGUGGAACCUACCGCUGCUACAGCUUCUCCAGCCACUCCCCGUACCUGUGGUCAGCACCCAGCGACCCCCUGAAGCUUGUGAUUAAAACAGGGAUCUCAAAACCCCACAAUCAGAAGCCCAUAGAAGUUGCAACUCCAGGUCCGACCCCAGCCCCAAGUCAGACCCUAAACUUGACCAAGACCAGCGCCCCAGAGUCGACAAGGAGGAGAGGCACGAAGACCCCCAGAAGACCCUCCACUACACCUGGCCUCCCCCCUGAGCACUACACCAAGAGCAACGUGGUGCGGCUGUGCCUGGGGGCCGCGGUCCUGGUCCUGCUGUGCGGGGUCCUGGUUGAGGACUGGCACAGCCGCAGAAAGGUGCUGUCCCCGAUGCCACGUGUCCCCAAGGCAUAGAGGCCUGGCUGGGUGCUGCCACUGAAACUCAGGGCCUGGGCUGGCUGCAAGAGUGAGGGUGAGACUAUGACAUCAUUAUAUGGAGGUGGAUCUGGGGGCACAGCACUGGGCACAUAUUAACCCCAAAAUGUGCUCUGGGGCACGGGGAGGGGCUGAGCUGCUUGAUUUGCUCCAGGCUCUGCAGUGAGUGCUCUGACAGCCAUAGCUGGGUCCCCUCUGUCCCUACCAGCCAGCACAAUGCCCAGUUCUCACCCCACUCUCGGACAUAAGAAACCCACCUCUGGGCUCAGAACACCCCGUGGGGAUCUGACCUGCCUCUGACCCCACCCCUCACUUAGUCCCACGAGCCCUGCUGGGGGUGGCCUUAAAACAACCACCACGCACACAGCUAGGGAGGGGCACAGUGCUGAAGAAACUGGACACUAUAUGCAUCAACAGUCUGAGGCUAUUAUGGAGAAGCACAGUGGCUGGCUCGCUCAGUGUUUGCUUGUAGGGGACACUGGUUCCAUCCCUGGUAUCACAGGGCUCCCCCAAACACCCCUUGGAUAGAUCCUCCCCAACCAAAAUCAAUAAAUUCAUUUCACUAAGAAGCAGAGUAGAAUGGUGCAUUGCCAGGACCUGGAGGAGGGACAGCGGGCAGAUA